CAACAGUUACCUCCCAGAAUCCUGCCAGGCAGGAAACUGAGGCAGGAGACCUGUGGACGCCUCUGAGGCUGUGCCCUGCUCUUGGCUGGGUGCCCAGUUCCUUGUGCCCAGUUCCUCCUUCUGGAGGCCUGGCCACAGGCCCUGUGGCCCUAGCCACAACCUUUGAGGCACAUACCGAUCAGGUCAUUUGUGGAUCCAGAUGGGCCUUUGGGGCCCCGGGGACCACCAUCAGGGUCCUGAGCAGGGAGGGCGGGGCCGGGUGUUUGGGCAGGAAGCGGAAGAGUUGGGGCACCCCUACACACUCUACAUCCCGGCGGGGAGAACAAGAGCUCACUUCUCGCUCAACACUGCCAGGGCUGGAGGUGGGCGCCCGGCGCCAAGACAGCCGACCCAUGGCUCUGCCCGGCGCCCUGGGGCUCGGGACCCUGCUGGCCCUGCCGGGGGCACUGGCCUCAGGCGACAGCACAGAGGAUGUGUCAGGCUCCAGCUCUGUCACCAUCGUCUUGCUGCUGCUGCUACUCCUGCUGCUGGUCACUGCCCUGGCACUGGCCUGGCGCCGCCUCAGCCGUGACUCAGGGGGCUACUACCACCCGGCCCGCCUGGGGGCUGCGCUGUGGGGCCACACGCGUCACCUGCUGUGGGCCAGCCCCCCAGGUCGCUGGCUUCGGGCCCGGGCUGAGCAGGGGUCCCUGGACAAUGACCCCGAGCAGCAGGAGGAUGAGGAAGACGCCGAAGACUACAUCAUGGAUGGCGGCCUAGGGGUGGCCGGACCCCAGGAAGAGCAGCAGCUGUUUGGAGGGGGGCCCAGCCCAGGGCAGGCCCCAGAGAGGGCGGAGGAGGCCCAUGACGGCGAUGCCGAGGGGUGCCUGGGCAUCCAGGGGCCGGUGGGCUCGGGAGGCAGCGCCGAGGCCCUGCUCAGUGACCUCCACGCCUUUGCUGGCAGCGCAGCCUGGGACGACAGCGCUAGGGCAACUGGGGGCCAGGGCCCCCACGUCACCGCACUCUAGGGGCCAGGCUUUGUCCCCAUCACACCCAAGCUGCCACACCUGGACACAGCCUGCCCUGGACCCACGUCACCCACACCCCGCAAGGACUCUAAUGCCCCCUACAAGUUCCUGUCCCCAUUCCCCCACUCCCCAUCCCCAGGAUAAGAGAACAGCCUUUAGAAAUAAAACUCUCGUUUCCAGCCCAA